CGCAUCCUUAUCGGGAUUAGCGCCGUGGACGCGUGACGUCAGAGGCAGGCUGGGUUUGCUCAUGGUGAUACAGAAAUAUUAACGUGAGACGUUUGAAGCAACAAACAGCGUCGACGUCAGCUUCACACAAACUGUGUUUAGGUUGCGUUUGGAUUACGUUCCUUGAGUGUGACGGACUGGUAAGCUUACAGCCAGGAUGUCCAAUAUGAGAGAUGACAGCAGCUGGUCCCAGCCAUGGGACUUCAACAGCCUCAUCCAGACCUGCAGCUCCAACAUCCAGAAGAUCAGCCAAAACUCUGGUCAGAUAAAAAAUAUCCUCUACCAACUGGAUACGAGACAGGAAACCUCAGAGCUCCAAGACAGGCUCCAACAGCUCCAGCACUACACCAACCAGCUGGCUAAAGAAACCAACAAACACCUGAAGGAGCUGGGGUCAUUGCCCCCAGCUCUGUCUCCAUCAGAACAGAGACAGCAAAAGCUGCGGAAGGAGCGCUUGAUGAACGAUUUUUCUGCAGCCCUCAACAACUUCCAGGUGGUGCAGCGGAGGGCAGCUGAGAAAGAGAAGGAGUCAGUGGUCAGAGCUAGAGCUGGAUCCAGAGUCAUGGGAGACGGAGGCAGUGGGAAUGAACAGCUGGUUACAUUUGAAAAAGAAGAUGAGUGGGGUCAGACUCAGACUCAGACUGAGGAGCCCAGCAUCACAGAAGAGGAUCUGGAAAUCAUCAAGGAGAGAGAGACUAACAUCAGACAGCUGGAGGCCGAUAUUAUGGAUGUGAACCAGAUCUUCAAGGACCUGGCAGUGAUGAUCCACGACCAGGGAGAGAUGAUCGACAGCAUUGAGGCCAAUGUGGAGAGUGCAGAGGUACAUGUAGACAGAGGGGCCGUCCAGCUGCAGAAGGCAGCCUAUUACCAGAGGAAGUCCCGUAAGAGGAUGUGCAUGCUGGCCAUGGUCCUGUCGCUGGUGCUCAUCAUUUUGAUCAUCAUCAUCUGGCAAGCCAUCAAAUGAGAGGAGAGGACAGGCCACUGAUAACCCCCAGAUGACUUCCAAGUGUGUGUGUUUAUAUGUGUGAGAGAAAGCUGUAUGUAUACGUCUGAACUGCCAGAAGUAUUCAUUUUUUGUUUCCUGAAGUUAAAACUAGUUUGGAACAUUAAAACUCCAAUGAGACUAUGUAUGACUACUGCAACCGCUACUUCUACUUAUAACAAUGAUAAUAGUUGUCAUGGCGAUGCAGGGUGGAGGAGAUGUGUAGGAAAUAUGCCUGAAUUUGAUUUGACCACAUUUCGGCUCUUUCAGUUCUCUUUGUUUCUAUAAGACACUAACUCAUGAAUGUUGGAGUAUGGCUGUGCAUGACAAAAUAUUUAUCUCAAUGGAGAAAAUCCUUUAGCUUUCCUUGUCUGUGUGUGUGUGUAUGAAAGAGAGAGCUCUAUGUAUGCUUGUCUGCACAUUAGUAUGGUAAAUAAACUCUGCAUUCCAACACGUCAAAUGUUUCUCAAUGUAACCUUUAUCACUACUGUAGUACUUAUGUCGAGUGUCUUAUCAAACAACGCAGUGUUGCACAAUUUUGUAUAAAGUUCAUAAACUGUGAAUGCCGUCUAGUUUCAGUAUAAAGUGUAUUCCUGAUAUAAGGAGUGUCUUACUGUACCUUUGAGAAUGUUGAAGGAAAUAUGGACUGUUAGAAGCUGGUAGAAUUUGUGUCUUUAGUAAACUGUUUAUUUCACUGCAUCUGCCCACCUGAAAAUUGAAUACAGUACCACCUGAUGAACUGCUG